CAAAUAAAUUUAUUAUAUUUUUUAGACCACAAUAGAGAUGACAAAAGAUUAUGACUACCUAUUGAAGGUUCUUCUGGUUGGAGAUAGUGAUGUUGGCAAGCACGAAAUAUUAUCUUGUCUUGAAGAUGCAUCGUCCGACAGCCCGUUCUGCAGUGGAAACGGUAAUUGGAUUGACAAAUUAAACGAUAAAAUUUUGAACAAUCUGAAACUUUUAGCUUAUAAAACCACAACUAUUCUUCUGGAGGGCAAGCGUGUUAAAUUGCAAAUAUGGGAUACUUCUGGACAAGGCCGAUUUUGUACAAUCAUAAGAUCAUAUUCUAGAGGUGCACAAGGAAUUAUAUUAGUUUAUGACAUUACGAAUAAAUGGAGUUUCGACGGGAUUGGCCGCUGGUUAAAGGAGGUAGAAGAGCACGCUCCAGGCAUUCCAAAAAUAUUAGUUGGUAACCGACUACAUCUUGCCUUUAAAAGACAAGUCCUUGCUAAAAAUGCUGAGCUUUAUGCUUCUCGAAACAAUAUGUCGUGCUUUGAAAUAUCUCCUCUUUGUGAUUUUAACAUCCGAGAAUCUUUUUGUGAACUUGCCCGAAUGGCCCUGCAUAGGAAUGGCAUGGAACGGAUCUGGCGAAAUAAUAAAGUUUUGUCUUUACAGGAGCUAUGUUGCCGAACAGUUGUUAGAUGCACGAGUGUAUAUGCGAUUGAUUCUUUAACUUUGCCAGCAUCAGUGAAAUCUACUCUAAAGUCCUACGCACUUACGACGUCCCAGAGCAUUCAAAAUAUAAAUUAUGGUUCCAGAUUAAAAUAUCAGUGUAAAUACUCAUUGACUAAUAAUCGAAACAGUUGUACUAUUUCAUGAUUAAAUACGUCGUUACAUAUAAGUGAUUAAAGUUGUUAUUUGCCGUAGAAAUGUAUGUAUUAUGUAUUUUUGAAGAGCAUUAAGUUUUGUUAAUGUACCAAUUAUUUGAAUAAUGCGUUUGUCUUCUUAAUAAAUUGAUCUUACUAUAUAUACGAUUAUAAA